AUGUCCGCGUCGACAGAUCCUUCAGCGAUAGCGAAGGCGAGGCGGAGGACUCUGUCUCGAGCCUCGACCGCCUCAAUUCACAGUAUCAGCACCCAGCCCAACUUGGAUCAGAGCUUUGCAGACGCCCAGGAAGUCUACGCCAGCCAGUGGGCUAGCAGCAUGCACGGCGCGGCGAAGGCGCUUGUCGCUACGGCCCAAAUGUCUCCCGAGGACGCUAUUCUCCAAGCCGCUUCCCAUAUGCAAUCAGCAGGGAGGGAAUACCAAAUGGAUCCGUCAAUGGAUGCUUCCAUGGCGCACUCCGUCUCUUUUCAACACGACGGCAGCUUCGUCAGACGUGACAUGUCUGCGAGCCUAUCGAUGACCGACCUUGGAGCCUUCACCGAUCACGACAGCCAGAUGAUGGAUGCUAAGAAUGGAGAUAUGAUGGAGGUUACCACUUCUCAACCUGUUGUUCUUAAGCCUGCCGCAAGCCGCAGCAGCGCGAAUAACGAGCGAGAGAUGCAGCAGUUGUUCAUGGCCAACAAGCACCGAUCGCUCCAGGAUAUUGCUCGGGAGCUCCAUGGUAACGAGCGCGGUCCCAAUUCCGAGCGGCAACGACAAGUCUUUGCAAUGCUCUGGAUUAACCAAGUAUGCGCCCGAGGCAAAGGAUCUGUACCCCGAGGCCGCGUGUAUGCCAAUUACGCAUCGAGGUGUGCCACGGAAAGAAUAACAGUUCUCAACCCCGCCAGCUUCGGAAAGCUUGUUCGCGUCCUGUUCCCAGGCCUAAAGACGCGGCGUCUUGGUGUCCGCGGCGAGUCCAAGUAUCAUUAUGUUAACUUCACGUUAACCGAAGACCAAGCGGAUCUGGUCGAACCCGAGCCUCCACAGCCCUUGGCAUUACCUGAAGUAUCCAGCUUCUCCCAGAGUUUCAAUUCUUUCCCCGCACCAGCGAAUUCAGUCUCGGCAGAUAAAGGAAACAUUCCCUCGCCCGAGGAGCAGACGGGCGGCGCUGUCCAGCAAUUGACAAAUCACACAUCCUCGCAUAGUUUGUACAAUGUUCCCGGGGUCACAACCGUGGACCAGCUCCACUCAACAACAGCGAAAACCAGCCUCGACCUAGCCUUCUCUCCAACUGCAGAAGAACAGCUUCAGCAAAGUGAAGCAAUUAUCCUUCCCCGAAUAGAACCCUUCCUCCCCAAGGGUACAGAUCCGGAUGCAGCAAAGUCUCUUGCUGCCCUUUAUCGAUCUCACUGUACCUCUCUUGUAGAGUGCAUUCGCUACUGCAAGGAGAAGACCUUCUUUCACCUUUACACAUCCUUUCAAGGCACUCUUACCAUGCCUGUCCACAAGCUCCUAGGUUCACCGAGUGUUGCGCAGUGGAUUGAAGAGUGUGACUUCAUCCUAUAUCAACGAAUGAUGCGAAUCAUUUCCAGUUUGACACUCCAAGUAGUGCCAAAACCUGUCCUAGAUACACUUAGGAGCAUCUCGGAACGACUCGUGCCUCAUAUCCGCGAAUCCUUCCAAGGUCAACCCCCCCAUGUCAUCAGGGCGAAGGAGGCUCCGGCGACGAUUUUUGCGGCGCUCAUUGACCGCGCUUUACGGGUGAAUCUUACCGCUCACGCGGCGGCGAAUAUGCUCUCCAACCCCGCCAAUCGCGACCAGAUGUACCACGACUGGAUUUCCAUGGUGCGAGUGAGAAAGGUAGCCGAAUGUGUACCAACCCGUGGCAUGGACGACCUCGUGAAGCUCCUUCUCUCGGAGAUCCGAGACCUAUUAAACCCGGUCAACGUGCAAUGGGAGUUCGAGUGCAUGACGAUCUAUGGGGACGUCGCAGCUCGUAACGGGCGACAAGGAAGCGGAGAGGAAAGCGCCUCGACAGAAUCCCAUAACGUUCUCGACCGAUGGGUUGCUUUCCUCCGAUCACUCCCCGGCCGGUUUCCCUAUGCUUCAGCGACUGAUAUUGUCUGGUGUGUCCAGCGUGUGGGCACGGCGGUCAUGAGGGAUCUCACCCUUGCACAAGGCAAGAGCUUCGGCUCCUGGUGGGUUACGAAAUGCUGGAUUGAUGAGAUGGUUAGUUUUAUGGCGGAACAUGGAGGGUUCAUGAAGCAGAAGAGCACACAGGCUUCGUUGGCUACCCAAAGACCUCGAGCUGCCACAAAGGAGGCGGCCAGGCAGGGGCCAGGAUCUGGUCCUCGGUACAACAGUGAAAGCGAUGACUUUCACCUAUCCAACCUCUCUCAGGCGCAGCCAGACAAGGCACAGUUUCCUCAAAGAGGGAACGGCGCUCAAGAUGCCAAUCUUGAGGCUGACGGAAACCCUCAUGAUGAUAGCGGCAUCGGCAUCCGAACUCCCGAAGAGGAUUUCCCGCUCGACAAGUACGGGUUCAUAACAACAGACGAGAGCCGGCUCCUAACCCAGCAAAGCACGACCACCUUAUAG